AUGAGCGAUUGUAUUGGGGAUGAGGGUACCAUCACUCUUAAACGGAUUCAGAAGUUGGCGGACAAGUGCACACUGGUGACUUUGCCUCGCUCCGCGCCGGUAGGGGCCAAAGACGCCCACCACGUGCUGCUGAUAAAGAAACCGUCCGAAGCGCCUACAUCUCGCGCCCAACGACACAGCGGCGGUAAAUUCGAAAGACUUUUGGGGGAUGAACCGGUUCGAUUGUAUGUUCCUUUUCUUUUGCGGCCGUGGGCGCUAAAUGCGGUGCACACAGAAGGUUGUCAUCUAGGAGAGGACGUGACGUUGGCCUCCCUCGAGCGUUACUAUUUUUGGAUUGGCAUGAGUGACAGCGUGCGAUGGUUCAUCAAACACUGCAUCGUGUGCCAAGCCUCGAAAACGGCUCGCCGAAGACCUAGAUGGCCCUUGAUUUCGCUUCCCUUACCCUCUCGGCCGGGGGAAAUGGUGGCGUUUGAUAUUCUUGGCCCUCUGCCGACAACUAAAAGCGGAAACAAAUACGUGUUGCUGGUCGUCGACUUGUUUAGUAGGCAUGCUGAACCCUACGCUCUCUCUGCCGACGAGAAAACCGCUCAAGGGUGUGCCUCAAAGCUAGCCGACGAUUAUUGUACACGUUGGGGAUGUCCGGUGUAUUUGUUGUCAGAUAGAGGUGGCGAGUUUACGGCGGCUGUCGCGCGUGAUGUGUACCGAUUGCUUGGGGCCAAGAAACGGUUUACCAGCUCCUUCCACCCUCAAUCCAACGGGUGCGUCGAAAGAUUGAACCAUACGGUCUGCCAGAUGUUGUCUCACGUGAUCAGCGCCCAACAAACCGAUUGGGACGACCAUCUCUUGCCGUGUGUGUACGCCCACAACAAUCACGUGAGCAAGGCUACCGGUCUUGCGCCCAUGGAAGUACAUAUUGGCAGGUAUCCUCGUUUACCAAUGACGGUUCUUGGGUCACAGAAGGUGGUUUCUGGUAUGCAGUCGAAAAAACGGGAUGAUCUAGAAUACCUCCAGCUCAUGAAAGACCGGCAAGCGAAAGCCUACGAGCUUGUGGUUGAAAGAGACAGGCUCACGAAAGAAAAACACCGAGCACGCAACGAAGAUCUAGACAACCUAAUUACGAAGCGGCCGAUUUUCCACGCGGGCGCGUGGGUGUGGUGCUACGAUCCACAGCACACCCUCCGUACGGCGAAUAACGAUCAAACAGCUUCUGCCAAGAGGAUUAAAGCGAAACUCGCUAACCUGUGGACAGGACCGUUUAAAGUGCUUGCUGUAGGGCCCUGUCGCUUUAACGACAUGGAAGUUGGGUCCAAGUUGCUGUAUCUGGAUUUACCGCACGACACACAGGCCAAAUCCAACCGUGUCUCAGUGUUGCGGUGUAAGCGUUGCCAUCGGGCGGACGAACCCGAGGAAAUCCCCGACUUUUUACCUUGGAAAAUUUGUUCGUACGUUCUGCAUAAAUUUGCGGACAUGGCGCCUCCCUUCUACCUCACCGCGGAUGACGUGGAAAUCGAGCUUGACGUACAGCGUGCACAGCCGACCGCUAUCACCGGUCACCGUAUCAGUAGAGGUCCAGGUGGUUCCAUCGCGGUACAAUACGAAACGCGUUGGCGCGGACACCGCCAACCCACUUGGGAAUCUGAAGCAAACAUCCAGCAAUAUGGUGACUUUGUCGUCAAGUAUUGGGUGGGCAGUGCAGUGCGUCAAGUAGGAGCCGACAAUAAAGUGCACCGUGACUAUAAUAAGCUUGCCGCGCACCGCGCGCAAGCUCGCUCCCGUGAUUCCCUUUAUGUGCCUCCAGGGUACGCGUUGCUGGCGACGUGGGAGCGUGGGCCGGCCUUGCUGUCAGCAGAGAUGAAAGGAGCGCAUGUUUACGUGCGGACGAAGCAGGAGGGCUGGCAGCUGGGAGUGGUACAUCAGGUUUCGAGGGCGCGGGAGGAGGACCUGCCGUACAACGUCAAUUUCGUCGACCUCGAGCGGCGUUUCAACGUGUCGUUGUCGCCGACGAAAUAUUGUACGGCGGUGGAUGGUCCGCCUGGGUCGUGGUGCUUUCUUGUGCACAUGCGGUCCGGGAGCGUCCGGCGGAACGGAACCUGAGGGGUGCGCUGUGGACGAG